UCUUCCAAAUCUCAGGCCGUUCAUGCAUGCUUAUGCGUACGUUGAGCCAAUGGCUGCCCAUUCUCACCUGCGCCGUGCGUCCCGCGAUGAGAAUCCAAGGACACCAUGAUCUGGAUGAUGCAAAGCACUUUGAUAUUGGAGAUCUUCAAGGAUUCGAAGAUUUAGAGAGGUUGCACAAAGCUGUCAGCAGGGCUCUAGGAGAGACCUUUGCCAUUGUGAGCUUCAGCACAGCCGCCUGGACCAUUCCACUUGACAUGUCCGAGGAUGCACCAUACCUUAACGCCUUCCAAAAGCUCAACUCGACACACGGACUUUAUAAGGCGACAAAGAAUGAGAUCUAUUUCUCUGGAAAUUCCGGCGAUUCAAUGUUUGGCAUUCCUACUCUCGAAGGCGAUGGGACAGAUGAGCUUGAUGCACUGGGUUUCGGAACAAGCUCAAAGCGGGCGUCAGAGUCAGAGGUGCAGGACAACCUCGCUGCCAAGCACGUGGUAGUCCAGGUGAAUUACGCAGGCGGAUGUGGAUAUUUUGGCCAUGCCAUCGACAACGUUUUCCCACGAGUUCUGGCCAUUCUACCUGGCGCCAAGAGGGCAAAUCACACUGUGUCGGUGGUCAUUCCAGAGGAGGCCCGAGAAUUCUUCAGCCCAAACACCGAAACGCUCUUCCAAGCGCUGGGCAUCGACGUGCUGGCCGAUGCGCCCCGCACGCCGCAUCGCAUGAUGGGCGUCACGCGGGUGGCCUCCUGGGAUCGACUGGUGCGGCAGAACGCUCGAGCGGUGAUUCGCUCGGAGCUCUUGGGCUCGGUGCGGCCAGCGACAUGUGCAGAUGGCAAAGCUGUUGGACAAGGAGGUGAUCUCUGGGAAAUGGUCUUCUUCUCAAGACAUUCUGGCACGCGGAACGUGCGACAUGUUGAAGGAGCAGAAGCUUUUGAAGACAAAUUGCGACAAAAGGGCUACUACAUUUUAGAUAAUCCUGGCGCGAUGUCCGUGGAGGAUUUGGCCAAGCAGCUCUAUACCAGAACCUGCCGCCUGGCGGGAUUUUCUGGCACUGCCCUCCUCAAUCUCAUCUUUCUGCCAGAUCAUGCCAAGCUUGUGGAACUGAACCCCACGGGUCUCUAUGCCGAUUACUGGGAGUGGGCGCAUGCCCUGGGAAUGAGCUAUGCCCAUCGUGCUCCCUCUUCCAGCAUCAAUGCAUUUCAAGCUGAUGCCCUUGUUGACUUUGUAGAUGCAUGAGGAAAAUGACGGCAGCCGCUUGUGGUUGUGCCUGAGGAAUCACGUGAUUGCCAUGCAAAGGAAUCACCCACAAUGAAGGAUUCAAUGCAGGACACCAAAC